AUGAACGCGUUGAUAUUGAUCUCUUCCCUCUUCGCUAUGCAAAUUAGCGCCAUUUUCGCGGCUGCUGUAGGAUCGACGGUUGAGACGGGAAUUGUGAACUCGGGAAGUGCCUGUGACACGGCGUUGUGCCAGGAUGGGUUCCGGUGUGAUCCGAAUUACGUUUGCAAAGCCGUGCCAUGUAUUCCGCGUUGUAUGCCUGUUGGAGUGCGAAGAGAAUGCGGGAUGAACGAGGAGUUGAAUGAGUGCGGAAAUGGUUGCGAGCCGACGUGCACGGAGGAGAUGCAGGCCUGCACGCUCCAAUGUGGCCCGGCGGCUUGUAAAUGCCAGGAGGGCUUCGUGCGAGAGCCGAUGGGUCGUUGCAUCAAGAAAAUGCAGUGCCCCGUCGCGGCGAUGGGCUUUAUGAGGAACAGCCGGCCGCUUAGCAUGAAU